AUGCUACACCACAUAGCUCUGGCGCUGGCCUUUAGUAGCCAUGUGAACGCUUACAAUGAUUUUCAUUUUGGAUUCAAUUUCCAUGAUAUCGGGUACGCGCCACAAGGGGUAAACAUCUCCGUGGACCCUCGCAUCGUUCGCAAAACCCUCCAGAGAGUGCGAGAUUAUCGGCCAGUCACCGGUCUCUUUGAUGACUGGACAGUAGAAGGGCCGAGCAAGGACAACAUCACCAGUGUCGCAAAGUACUGGGCGGAUGAAUACUCCUGGGAAGAUACUCAGGAGCAAAUAAACCGCGACUACAAGCACUAUAUUACCAAGGUGCCUGGCUCCGGCAACUACACUUCGGACAUUCCUCUGCACUUUCUGCACCACGAAUCGGAAAAUGAUAGUGCUAUACCGUUGCUCCUGCUGCAUGGAUGGCCGUCAACAUCACUGGAAUGGUCCAAGGUAAUUCGUCCCCUUGCAGAAUCUUCGGAGCUGCCGUUUCACGUUGUGGCCCCCGACUUGCCGGGUUUUGGAUUCAGCCCGGCAGCAACGCAAGAUGGUCUAGGAACACGGGAAAUUGGAAGAGCGGUAGAUGCCUUGAUGAAGCAGCUCGGCUACUCGACCUACGGCCUUGCUACGACAGAUACGGGCUGGUUUAUCGGAAUGUGGAUGGUACAUGACGUUGCCGACUCUAUAAUCGGCCAUCUUUUCGACUUCUGGUACCCGAACCCAAACUCUACUGAUAUGGAACGCUUCCAGGCCAAUCAGACGACCGCAGAAGAAACAGCCGUUGUUGAAUCCCUGCAUGUCUGGGACGACUUUCACAACGCGUAUUCCAUGGUUCAUAGUCAGAAGCCAAUUGCCAUGUCCUUGGCCCUGGCGGAUAGCCCGGUGGGAUUUUUAGGAUGGUACUGGGACUUGAGCUAUGCUAUUAGCGACGGAAUCCCACAUAGUAUGGAUGAGUUGAUUACGGAUGCCUUGAUGCUGUGGCUCCCCGGCCCGUAUGGCAACAUUAGGUCGUAUCGACAAAUCUUUCGACCUGAUAUAGUAGACUUCCCAAAAACGAAUGUACCCAGUGGCGUUAGUCAGUGGGGAUGGGGUCAUGGACCGUUUCCAGGUAUCGCAAAUUUUCCUUUCACGCCUCGAAACUGGAUAGAACGUUUGUGCAACGUCACUUACUUCAAGACUCAUAAGAGGGGUGGUCACUUUCCUGCCAGGACUCUACCUGAAUAUUGGGUAUCGGACGUGCGAGAAUUCUUUAAAGGCCUCUAG